AUGGCGGACCAACCUCACUAUGUCACGCGUGGAAGCGCAUCGCACUCUCAAUUGAUUGGCAUCACGCAACGCGCCACACCUCUGACCGUGGUCUGGACUGGUGAACAGCGUGUUCGAUUCUCCGACUUCCAAGUCAACGAAAUUGCUAAGGAUGGCAAUGUGGUACGCUUGCGCAGCAUUGGCAUGAACGAUGAGCCGACUUCUCAGCAGCCCCUUCAAGAAAAGACGGAGCAAAUUUCGGAGGAUAAAGCACCCAAGGUCGAAGCUUCAAAUGAGAUCCAGACUCCUGAGGCCAUCCCGGCAGAGCAGAAGAUGGAGAUUUCGCCAGAGGAAUUUGCCGCCCUGGCUAGCCUCGUCAACGAGAAGUUCGCCCAAGAUCUCGUCAAGCUCUUCAACGGCGAUGAGGAUGCGGGCGGACAAAAAGUCACGUCUGUCAGCUCUGGUCCCUUGGAAGACAAGUCGAAGCGCGGCCAAAUACACGGCGAGGUGCGCCGCAUUUUCAAGUCCCGGCUCGAGACUUCCACCGAUGAUACGGGUGCCAUCACGGCUACCAAGGUCCCCCUGCGCAAGGGAAAGAAGCGCAACCGCGGAGGCCGCGGCCAGCCCGACGACAAGCCUGCGGGCGAAUACCUUCACUUUACUCUCUACAAAGAUAACCGUGACACAAUGGACGCAGUCAACCAGAUCGCACGCAUGCUGCGCAUCAAGCCUCAAUCCAUUGGCUACGCGGGAACGAAGGACCGACGAGCGUCGACCGCGCAGCGCUGUUCUGUCAGGUAUAUGAGGCAACGCGCCCUCGCCGGCACAAACAGCAAGCUAUGGGGCAUCGCGACUGGUGACUAUGAGUACCGCGAUGACCCGAUUCAUCUAGGCCAGCUCCUUGGAAACGAGUUUGUCAUUACCCUCAAGAACUGCAAAGUUGUCGGCGAAUCCACCGAUACCCCUAUUUCGACACGUCUUGAAACGAUGCGGACACAAGUGCAGGCAGCGUUGGAUCACAUGGCACAGCACGGCUGGAUCAACUACUUUGGGCAUCAGCGUUUCGGCACGUACGACAUCGGCACUCACCAGAUCGGCAAGCUCAUCCUGGGCAACAAAUGGGAAGAGGCCGUCAAGGCGCUCCUCAGCUACGACCCCGAGAUUGCCGCGAAAGCCGCUGCCGGCGAGAUCCCCUCCGAGGCCAUGAAGCGUGACGAGUACGCCCGGCACCAUGCCUGUAUGCUCUUCCUCACGGGCAAGGACGUCGGCAAGGCCGCCCGUAUCAUGCCCGGCAGGUACACCGCCGAGUCGUGCAUCCUACGUCACCUAACGCGCAUGGGCACUGGCUCGCUCAAGGACUACGCCGGCGCUCUGACGCACAUCACAAGAGGCCUACGAUCCAUGUACCUUCACGCCUACCAGUCGCACGUCUGGAAUCACGUCGCUAGCCGACGAUGGGAGCUCCACGGCGACAAGGUCAUUGCUGGCGACCUCGUCAUCUCUGACACCGACGACGCCGCGCCGCCCACCGCCGAGAAGGACCAGGACGGCGACGAGAUCGUCAAUCCCGGUGACGAAGCCGACGAUGACGCCAUCCGCGCCCGGCCUCUCACAGACGAGGAGGCCGCGAGCGGGCGCUUCACCAUCCACGAUGUGGUGCUGCCAUCGCCGGGUUACGACGUGCGCUAUCCGGACAAUGACAUUGGCCGAUUCUACGAGGAGUUCAUGGGCCGCGAGGAGAACGGCGCGCUCGACCCGCACACAAUGCGCCGCCUCCGCCGCGAGUUCAGCCUCCCCGGCCGAUACCGCAAGCUCAUGCACCGGUUUCUCGCCACGCCCAGCCUCGAGAUGCGGCUGUACUCGGACGACACGGAGCAGAUGCACCCAACGGAUCUCGACAUCAUUAAGUCGGCCGGUAGCGAUGCCGCUCGCGGCGGCAAGCGUCGCCGCAAUGGGCCUGACGAUGAAGGCGCCAACAAGCGCACAAAGACGGAGGGGGGCGGGGAAGACAUUUCGCAUGCGGAAGCAAACGGGAAUGCCGAUGCCGAGCCGCCAGCCGCUCAAGACUCCGCUGCCGAGCCCGACAAGAUUGCGGCGGUUGUCAAGUUCCAGCUCGGGAGCAGUGCCUACGCGACCGUCACGCUGAGAGAGCUCAUGGGCGAUCCGCCUGAGCAGGCACCCAGCGACAAGCCCGCAAAGGGUACCACCGACGAAGCGGCGACCUGA